AUGGACCCAGCCAUAUUCGGAGGAGGAGUCACGGUGACUGGAGCUGUUCAGAUUACAAAUGCAAUCAAUGACGACCACCGUCGACUGCGACAACGAUUCAUGCAGGCACUUAAUGGUAGAGCCGUUGCUUCGCAAGAGCAUAUCUUGCAACAUUACGCAGCGCAGUUCAUCGAAGGCAUUCGAAAGGAGCUAAAAAGCUCGGGCGGCACGGUUGACAUUGCAAAAUGGUUCAGCCUCGCAACGUUUGAUGUCAUUGCUGACCUUGCCUUUGGUCGACCCUUCGGAAACCUAGAGAGAGGAGAGCUGCAUUCUUGGGUGGCAGUCGUCUUCGGUGCCUUUAAAGCACUGCCAUUCCUUCGAGUUAUCCGGGAGCUUCCCGGAAUGCUAUUUAUUGGUAGUCACGCCUCGUUUCUACUCCCACGAAAACUCAAGCAGAUGUGGCGCGACCAUUUCAACUACGCUUUCAGCCUGAUCGAUGAACGGCUUAAAAAUCCGAAGGAGAGAAAGGACUUUGUUUAUUAUCUCAUUCAUGAUGAUGGCGAGGGUUUAACUCACGAUGAGAUCAAGGAGUGUGCGGCCCAAAUGGUCAUGGCAGGAAGCGAACCUACUGCAACGUUCCUUUCGGGCUUGUGCUAUUUCCUUACGAGAAAUCAAGCAGUUUACGAAAAGGUCAAAGAAGAAAUCCGAACUGUAUUUCAUUGUGAGGAGGAGAUGACCUUGAUCAAUCUCUCUCAGUUGAAAUACUUCCAUGCAGUUGUCCGAGAAGGUCUGCGCAUGUUUCCGCCUGCUGCAGACAUCUUCCCACGAAUUAUUCCGGAAGGUGGCGAAACGAUUCUUGGAAAAUACCUUCCAGAAGGAACACGUGUCGGCAUUGCAGCUCUGGCUGCCUCGUAUUCCAAGUCCAACUUCGAUAAUCCUGAUGUAUUCGAUCCAAGUAGAUGGCUGGGCGACGACGAAUUCAAGGACAAGAGAAUGAGGGCAUCUCAACCCUUUGGGCAAGGCCAUCGUUCUUGCCUUGGGAAAGUCCUCGCCACAGCUGAGAUUCGAUUGCUGUUGGCAAACCUUUUGUGGCAUUUCGAGAUUGAGCUUGCGCCUGGCCAAGAGAAUUGGCUCAGCAAUUGCCGAACGUUCCUAGGAUGGGAGAAACCUCCUUUGAUGCUCCAAAUGACUUUGCAACAAGCCUUCUGA